GUAAAUGGGGGGUUCCUAUCCCAGCGUGCCUGGCGGGCUUGCCCUCCUUUUCUUUCUCGGCGCCGCCAUUUUGGGCCGCUGCUUGAGGAGGCCUGCUGGAAACGGGACUUCUAAGGCAACACAAUGACGGGCAGCAACACGGUGACUCCUGGCGGGAAGCCCAACAGGACCAGGGUCAUCUGGGGGAAGGUGACCCGCGCCCACGGAAACAGCGGCAUGGUGCGAGCCAAAUUCCGCUCCAACCUGCCUGCCAAAGCCAUUGGACACCGGAUCCGAGUGAUGCUGUAUCCAUCCAGAAUCUAAACAUGUGCUGCAAAUAAAAUUGAAAGUAUAUUUCACUUUUGUAGA